CAGCGGGCCCGGCAGGAAGAGAACAAAUGACUUUAGGCUAGCGCCGAUCGCGUUUUGGCUGCAAACAAGUUUGUUGUUAAGAAUUUUCUGGCGGUACGCAGUAAGGAGGCCAAACCUAAUUCGAAGUACGUGUAUCACGAGUCCAAGUGCCUUAAAUGUCAAAUGAAGAGGUGAAGGAUUACGUGGGUAGCUCCGAGGGCGCGUAACAGCUGGUAUGAUAUAGCAAGAGCAAAGCUGCUAAACACCUUCAUUGCCAAGAAUGGCUAGCAUUCUUAGCGUUGUUUUGUCCGAUUAGAGUUUGAUAAAUUGGUCGGCAAAACAGUAUCAUGGCAGAAAGGAAUAUGAAGAUGAAGAAAAGAGUCAUCAAAGAGGGGAUCCUUCAUAAAAAGACCAGCUUGCUGAAGCAAUGGCGUCCUCGGUUUGUAGUUUUGAACCGACAGAUGCUGUGCACUUUCAAGAAGGAAGACGACCAGAAAAGAGGACGAACUGCGGAAGCAAGGAUCUUCCUGAUGGACAUUGAAUCCAUAGAGAAGUGCGAGAGUAAGAAGCGCAAACACUGUUUUAAUUUGAUCGUAGAGGGGAAGCCUUUCUUCAGCUUCAGUUGUAGUUCUGAGCUGGACAGAGAAAUGUGGAUGCGAUCAGUACAGAUAGCUAAAGAGAACGAGCUCAACGAAGAGGAAAACGAUCCAAUAAGAAGAAAAAGCACCAAACUAACUGGAGGACUCAAACGGAUAACCAUCCAGAGAGAGAAAGGACAGGGGCUCGGUUGUACAAUUAAAAAUGUCGGUGGAGUUAUCCUUGUCAACAGAAUUCUCGAGGAUGGGCCUGUUUCGACUUCUGGCAUCCUAAGGCCGGGAGACCAAAUCCUUGAUAUCAAUGGGAUUGAAGUUGGCGGCCGCUCUGUUUCGGAGAUAAGUGAAAUAAUCAAGGGAAGCCCAGAGCUAGUUGUUUGCACAGUGAAACCAUUCUCUGAUUACCGUUACUGCGACACACACUCAACAGGUCACACAGAAUACGCCGAAAUAGACUUGGAUUCUCUUAAAGCUAAGGGAAAUGAUGACAGCAGCAAUUCUUCACAAGAUGGUGGCUCUGAUAGUCCACGGGAGUCCAAUGAUCAGAAAAUACAUAGGGAUGAGGUAAAGAAAAGACACUCACUACCAACUGUCUUGCCAGACAUUCAUUCUGCUAAAGAUUUUCAUAAGGGAGACACUGUCAACUAUCUCGAGCUAAACUUUCCCCAGAAUGAUCGCCCACGUGGUAGAAGUGAUGCAUCACGUUCCCCACAAGUGCCCCACAGAGCUGGCAGAGAGCGCAACAAGCCAGCUGCUUACAUAGAACUUGAGUUUAACAAGAAGGAAAAUAAGUUUCAAGAAGUUGGCAAAGAAAGUUCUGAUGCUAAAGCAGGAGACAGGAAAAGUUCUUCGCUACCAAGAUCAUAAGAAAAUCGGAGCUGUAUGUAACUGUUUUUGUACAGGAUUUAACCUACUCAAUCACCACGAGUUAAAAGAGAAAUUUUUAGCUAAAAAUAUCACUACACUUUUGAGAAGAAAGGUGAAGCUAAGAGUGAAAAUAUCAAAUAGGUAAUAUUGUUUGAUGUAACAACCAAAUUCAUAGAGCUAAAAAUUAUAAAACAUACAGAGUUGUCAUUAGAAAACAGUAGGCGGUGGAAUGCUAGCUGUCAGUUGUGUCCCAGUAUGGACAUAAUCAUGUCCCACGUCUUGGGAGAGUUUGAAAUUGCAAUUUUUUUCCAGGAAGAGGGUGCAACCAGACCCCCCUAGAAGUAAGGGGGGGGUAAGUUUCUUAAGAAACUGUGUUGCUGCAUCAGUGGGAGAUUAUAACAAGGUAAUUUAGUCUUAUCAACUGAGUUGAUAACAUAAAUUGGCCACCAUUGGCUCUGACAAAGCACUAUUGCUUAAAAUAUCAGCUUUGAAUCUCUUCACGGUGGCCAAUUUACAUUAUCCACUCAUUUGAUAAUACUAAAUAACCCCCCCUCCUCUGCUUUGUGACAUACCAUGUUUGCUAUGCAAGCAUUGUUCAAUUGAGCCUUUUAGUCAGUUCAGAUUUUACAUCUAUCCCAUUUCCUAAUGACAACCCUGAAAAUAUAAAGGAAAUAUUUUGGACAAUUCAUAUUUAAAUCUUGACAGUGGACGUGUGAAGAUUACAGGUAGAGCACCAAAUGUAAUGGCCAAAAACAAAUUGGCCUUAACCCUUUAAGUCCCACUAGUGACCAAGACAGAAUUUCUCCUUACACCAGUAGUGCAAUAUCAAGCAGACAAGUGAUGAGAAUGAAGAAAAAUAUCAAUAAGGGGCUUAUUGGUUGAUCCAAUUCCAAAUUCUCCAAACUAACAUCAGGAGAAUUGUAUGGCAGACAGUAAGGAGAAUUACAAAUGAAAUCUUGAGAGUUAAAGGGUUAAGGUGGCUAAGAGAAAAAAACAGUGAGCGGAAGAAGAGAAUGGCUCACUUGGUUGUGUUAAUAAGUGCCCAAUGCAAGUUAUGAUAAUCUUUGUUAAUUUUUUUUUUUUCUUUUUCCUAUCCAACUUUUCUGUUAAUCAAAACUACAACAAAAUUCUCAAACAUGAUUGGUUAUCACUUGCCCGAUUUGAGUACUAAUGGGAUGCAUCAUGCUUUUGGUGGGACAGUGUAAGUGGAUGGAGUUUAUGUCAUGUCUGCAUAAUUGGACAGUAGGUGUCUAACAGUGCAUGCUGUUGUGGCAAAUUGUUGUACUGUAGUUCCUCUUGUUCAAAUCAUGGAUUCUCUAGUAGAACUUUUCUUAAUUUACUUCCUGGUGAUAAUUGUAAAAAAUAUGCCGAACAUCAAGUAUAAAUUCCUUUUUUUAAUAUUAAUUUGUGUCAACUCUGAACUCUUUUGAAGGGAGAACAAGUGGAAAAAUUGUGGCAUGUUUACAAUUUUAUUGUAAUUCUAUUUUAUCCUAUUUAUUGACAAACCUACAAUUAGAUCAUUAUACAUUAGGAAAAGACCAUUUAUUAGACAGAGGAGAAUAACUUUAGCUCAUUCAUGGUGUUAAAUGUUCCAAUCAGCUUAAGCAUUGAGCCAUGAUUACGAGUCGUCAUAAAAAGUGAACUCUUCAUUUAUUAGACAGAGGAGAAUAACUUUAGCUCAUUCAUGGUGUUAAAUGUUCCAAUCAGCUUAAGCAUUGAGCCAUGAUUACGAGUCGUCAAAAAAAGUGAACUCUUCAUUUAUUAGACAGAGGAGAAUAACUUUAGCUCAUUCAUGGUGUUAAAUGUUCCCACGAGCUUAAGCAUUGAGCCAUGAUGAUGAGUAGUCAAAAAAAGUGAACUCUUCAUUUAUUAGACAGAGGAGAAUAACUUUAGCUCAUUCAUGGUGUUAAAUGUUCCAAUCAGCUUAAGCAUUGAGCCAUGAUUACGAGUCGUCAUAAAAAGUGAACUCUUCAUUUAUUAGACAGAGGAGAAUAACUUUAGCUCAUUUAUGGUGUUAAAUGUUCCAAUCAGCUUAAGCAUUGAGCCAUGAUUAUGAGUCGUCAUAAAAAGUGAACUCUUCAUUUAUUAGACAGAGGAGAAUAACUUUAGCUCAUUCAUGGUGUUAAAUGUUCCAAUCAGCUUAAGCAUCGAGCCAUGAUUAUGAGUAGUCGAAAAAAGUUACUCUUCUGAUAGAUGCUAGGAAUCACUGAUAAAUAUAAUUUAUUUGAAAGCCUACAGCACAGAGUAAGUGUAUAUACUAAAUACUUGUUGUGUGCAUUGUAUUGGUAAAAAAAAAUGAGCAAGGUGAAUUGUUUUGUAGUAUAAAGCACAACUUUGGGAAUUUUUUUUUUUUGGUGUGAAUUUUAUUCAGUGACUGCGAUAAACAAGAACAUACUAGUAAUAGUUGGUCAAAUAAAUUUAAAUGGUCAGUUUGAAUUGUGUUAACUCA